AUGGACAAAAAGGAGAUGUCAACCCUUACAACACAAAGCACAGUGACAACUGGCCUCUCUCGCGAUAGAAAGAGAGCUUCUCGCUCUUGUGAAUCCUGUGUUACUAAUGCUAUAGUAUACACACUUAUUAGUCAAAUGGGAGCUACAGCCACGUUCAGAAAGACUAAGAAGUCGAAGCAGACCGUUAAGAUGUACUUGCCGGAAACUGUCUCACUGAAUGGAACAAUUUACGACCAAAACACACUUGCCUCAAUGAGCGAGACUUUGUUGACUCAAGUCUUGGGCGAAGCCCCAAUGGAUAUCUCUGCAAUGAACGACAAACAGUACAACAGAUCUAAAGAGGCACAAGUCAAUAACGGCAUCUUAUACUUAUUGAAUACACUUGGAUACACCUUUGCUGUCAAACAAACUAAAAGAACAAAGUGCACAGAAAGGUUGGUCAAAAUCAACUCCCUCACAACACCAUUCGCUGACGUCAUCAGUGGAGACUUACUCGAAGAAGCUGGUGUUGCCUUUGGGAAGAAAAUCGAAGAGUUGUUCGGCAGAGAAAUGACCAUCUCCGUCUCUGCAGAGAACUUGAAUGACCUCCCACAACUCCCUUUCAGCUUCAACCAAACUAAUUUGUAUCAACAAGUAGUCGAACAGAGUAAUCCGUGUGAUGGGUCGAUGAUUGGGUCUAUUGUUUCUGACGGAAAUUCUUAUUACUUUGUCACACAAGAUGGAACGGCUUAUAAUUUUAACUAUACGAUGUAA